AUGGCUCGUCAAAAUCUGAUUGGGAUGGUUGUAUCCCAGGGGAAAAUGCAAAAGACGGUCAAAGUGCGUGUAGAGUCUAAACUGUUCAAUAAGAAGAUUAACAAAGAAUUGUUUCAUAGAAAGGAUUAUUUAGUACAUGAUGAAGGUGAAGUGUCAAGAGAGGGUGAUUUGGUUCGUAUUGAAGCGACCAGGCCAAUUUCGAAGAGGAAGUUCUUUUCAAUUGCUGAGAUCCUGAGGAACAAGGGACAACAGUUCGCACAAUAUCAAUAUCAGGUUAAAUCGGACGUCGCCAAAGAAGAGGCCUUGAAGACACAGCAAUUCUUAGAAAGGAGGUCUCAUACUGAAGCACAAGACAAUAGUAUUCUUCUGAAAGAUGUUCGUAUGAUCCAAAAUGCGCUCUCGAAGGGGCAAUCUGUUGAAGAAUUGGAAGAGAUCAAGAAAAGAUAUGGGAUCACUGAAUUCUCUCAGGAUACGUUGAAAGAGAUAUUAAAGCUGAAUGUUUCUGAUUUACAAGAGAAGCUAACCCAACAACGUUCCAAAAUUGAUUCACUGCAUGAAAAAUUGGACGAAUUCAUGAAUGAUGACAAUAAAGCGAUCGACUAUCUCAAGAAACAUGGGAUUGAAGAUCCGACACUUCUGCAGAAAAAUAUCAAAAGAAACAUCUUAAGAAAGCAUCUACUACAAGAAUUGUGA